GGGAAAAAAAUUCACGAGAACGUAGCAUUUCUCACAUGCUAUACAUAUAUGUAAAACCUUUCCAUCUCGUUGUGAUUUAAAGGGACGUUGCAAAAUAAUACCGAUUCCGGUCAGGAUGACGCUUCCAUUUUCUCGCGAUCGUGAGAUCGUGAUUUAAAGUUCUGCGGGAUUGUUUACAAGUUCGCACACACGCGUCAAAGAUGGCGUCGAAUAUGACGAGUGUAUCGGAUCGCUCAGCCACGUGCGCGUAAUAAAUACAUACAUAACGAGAGACAAAAUGCGUUCCCGGCACGUCGGUCGUCGAGUUAAACUUGUCUGAGCGAGAGGAGGACACGUACGUUCUGACGUGUUACGCAUUCGCGGAUACUUCUCGCCCGGCUCCGAUUUCGAAUGGCAACAGCGGACGAAAAAUCGCACAAGGGUCAUGUCUGUGCACCCGAUGACUCACCCGUCGAUGUCAUUCGACCGCAAUCAGGUGACGAUGGUCCUUUAAGAGAAAUGAUAAAAAUGGAAAAAGCAAAUCCCAAUAUGAACGUAACUUUGAAGGAAGUAACGCCUCGUAAUCUUCGCGACGAGCCUCCUUUCUUGCAAGCCAUAUUUCAUAGAAAUAUAGAGGCAGUUCGUGGGUUGUUGGAACAAGACGAUGUCAAUUGGCAAGAUAAGGAGCAACGUUCUCUCUUGCAUGCAGCAGCAUUUCGAGGAGAUGCCGCUAUUGUGGAACUUCUUUUGUUGAGUGGUGCCACAGUCAGCAGUAAAGAUAAAAAAUGGUUAACUCCUCUGCAUAGAGCAUGUUGUAUGGGUAACGCUGAAGUGGUGGAAAUGUUGCUGGAAUACAAAGCAGAUGCAAACAUGCGAGAUCGUAGCUGGCAGACACCUCUUCAUGUAGCUGCGGCAAAUAAUUCUAUGCAAUGUGUAAAUCUUUUAAUACCACAUUUGAUAAACAUCAAUGUCACAGACAGGUUUGUAAGUGGGAGAACUGCUCUUCAUCAUGCUGCUUAUAACGGUCAUCUUGAGAUGGUCGAGCUUCUCAUACGCCUCCGUUGCGUAGUAAAUGCUUCCGAUAAAAAAGACCGGAGAGCUUUGCAUUUUGCAGCUUAUAACGGUUACGACGAAAUUGUGAAGGUGCUGAUAGCAGCGGGCGCCGAUGUCGACGUUAAGGAUCGAGACUUAUAUACUCCAUUACAUGCAGCAGCUGCGUCUGGUAAUGUAGAGUGUGCGCAUAUUUUAAUCAAUGCCGGGGCAGAUAUUGAGGCCAAAAACGUAUACGGAAAUACACCGCUGCAUAUCGCGUGUCUUAACGGAUCCGCUCAUCUUAUUAAGGAACUUAUAGCUAAUAAUGUUAAUUUAGAAGCUGUAAAUUAUCGUGGACAGACCGCAUUGCACAUUGCCUCAGCCAGUAUGUACGGCGUUCAGUGUUUCAAGAUGCUUAUACAAAAUGGGUUGAGAGUAAAUGUGCAGUCGGAAGAUGGUCGUACGCCAUUACACAUGACUGCGAUACAUGGAAGAUUUACGCGAUCUAAAACGCUGCUGGAUUCGGGAGCUUUUCCGGAUUCGAGAGACAAAAAUGGAAAUACCGCUUUACAUAUCGCUGCUUGGUUCGGUUACGAAUGUCUGACAACGUCUUUGUUGGAAAGCGCUGCAUCUCCUGCCACACGAAACGCGCAACAACGGACGCCUUUGCAUUUAAGUUGUUUAGCGGGACAUAUAGAAGUAUGUAGAAAAUUAUUGCAACUUGAUAGCAGGCGAAUUGAUGCGCGAGAUAGCGGUGGUAGGACUGCAUUGCAUUUAGCGGCAUUUAAGGGGUGUGUGGACUGUUUAGAUCUGCUUCUGUCAAAUGGUGCUAACUUUCGUCUUGUCGAUAACGACAAUCGAUUGGCCCUUCAUCACGCCGCGAGCCAAGGACAUUAUCCUUGUAUUUUCACCUUGGUUGGAUUCGGCAGUGACACAAAUGCUCAGGACAUAAACGGUGCUACACCCUUGCAUUUAGCCGCAGCGGCUUCAUACGAAGCUCACAAGUGUGUGCAAUAUCUGUUACAACAUCGAGCGGAUCCCCGCUUGCGGGAUAAACGCGGCUUCACUGCGAUUCACUACGCGGUAGCGGGUGGCAAUCAGGCCGCACUGAAGGCACUUUUGGACGCUUCGUCUGAGAGUGACGCGAUCUCUUCGACUAGUUCUUCGACGGGGCAGGACUCGUUCUCGCCAGCACUCACUCCAAUACAUCUCGCGGCAUAUUAUGGUCACGUAAAUAUUUUGAAGCUGCUUCUACCCUUAUAUCCCAAUACAAAUAUCAAAGAGGAUAGCGGAAAAACGCCAUUAGAUCUGGCCGCCUACAAAGGACACAAACAAUGCGUCAAGCUAUUAUUGCAAUACGGAGCUUCGGUUUCGGUGCAAGACAAUGUUACAAAACGCACACCUGUACAUUGCGCCGCUGCGGCGGGCCAUACCGAUUGUCUGACCCUUCUGCUGCAGAAAGCGGACGAUCCCAACGUGGUGAACCAUUAUGAUUCCAAGAUGCGCACAGCCUUGACGCUGGCUGUGGCAAAUAAUCAUCCCGAGUGUGCGAUGCUGCUGUUGAGAUACAAAGCCGACUGCAAUCUGCCGGACAUUAACAAGCACACACCUUUAUUUCGAGCGGUGAUCAAUGAACACGAUAAUCAGCUGGUGAAAUUGUUGUUAAUUCACGGCGCGCGAGUAGCCGUGCAAGACGCAAACGGUAAAACGCCAUUACACUUGGCAGCUGCCUGCGGCAGAUUAUACGCGUUGUCAGCGCUCGUUAAAACAGACCCAACUGCUGCCGCGUUAAAAGACGAUCAAGGAUGCACAGUGCUUCAUUGGGCUUGCUACAACGGCCACUCGAAUUGCGUGGAAUAUCUUUUGAGUCAUAAUGUGUUCGAUUCUUUGGAAGAUACUCCGUUCUCCGCUGUACAUUGCGCCGUAUAUCAGGGAUCCGCGUAUUGCUUGGAUUUGUUAAUUAACAAGUUUGGCGGACAAGCAGUCGCGGCGCCAAGAGAUUCAUCCUGCGGUUUGUUACCGUUACACGUUGCUGCCAGCGCAGGAUCCGUCGAAUGCGCACGACUGAUCCUGAACUCCGUUGGAGCGGAAUUAGCAGGGCUUGAGACGAGCGAUUACUUCGGACGAACGCCGCUUCUUUGCGCGGCUGUCAACGGACAGAGUAACGUCAUCGAAUUGCUACUCGAGUGGAAAGCCAAUGUACGCGCCGUCGAUUCCAACAAGAAUACAGCGUUGCACUUGGCGUGCCAAAAACGCCAAUCCGCUGCGGCGUCUUUACUUCUAAAUUGGAUCGAGCAGUUUGGUGGUUCCGAUGGCGACAAGUACGCAGUGCAGUCGCAACAGCAGCAGCAGCAGCGAGUAGCCAUUAUCAAUAUGACUAACAAACAGCUAAGAACGCCAUUGCAUUUGGCAGCGAGAAACGGUUUAGUAACGAUCACGCGUCGUUUAUUGCAAUUGGGUGCGAGUGUCGUAGCUAUAGAUGCCGACGGACUCACGCCUGCGUUAGCUUGCGCUCCAAAUCCAGCGGUGGCCAAGUGUUUAGCUACUAUUCUCACCGCGCACGGUCAAAACGGAGAAACCGCACAAUAUUCGCCAUCCAUUCAGCAAACAUCAGAGGUAUAUCUAAAUGGACGAAGUAAUGUGGACUCACAGCAUAGUUCCGACUCGGAGUUUUACUGACAACAAGCAUCAACACGCUCGGAUCGUCAAGCGUUCCAAGUACGUCUAAACGGUGAUUCGACGCACGGCAACGUUGACGCCGCCAGUUUAAUAUGGACGAGUUGCUGGCUCUUUUCAGUUCUAACAUAAUCAGCGACUCCAACACGAAGCGAACGAUAUAUACCUUAACCUAAUCCUAAUCAAGUCGGACAAACGAAUCUCUUACAGUGAUCUCGUUAUGCUGCAAUUCUGACAAUACCAUGUUUCUACUAUCGCAAACUCGAUAGAAUUAAUAAUCGACUGCCAAGAGGAAUAUACGGAUGCACGUAUGUAAUCAGAGUUACUUAAUGAUAACUUUAUAUACAGAUAUCUAAAUAUACAUUUAAGAAGCGAGCGGUCUGUGCAUAUGAAAAGUCAUCUAUAGCUAUUUAAAAUACAUUUCCAGUAAUUACGCAUCUUGAUGUGCGAAGUACAAAAUUAUUUGAUACGCGCGACAUUACAUUUCUCAAAAUUUCAUAUUAUACUUUUAACGUGAACACUAAUACGGCCAUAAACCGAGUGCUGGUAUAUAAGUGCGCAAUUUUAACCCUUGGACUAAAAUUCGCCUGUGACGGAUACUAAACUGAUUUAGAAAUCCGCUCGGACGAAGAUUAAAUUAAUCCUGCGGCGAUGAGAAAAACAUCACGUGCCGUAAGCUUUAUACAAAUCUUCAUAAUUUAAAUUAAAUUUGAUUACGUGUAUUACUUUUAAUUUUAUUUGUUUUUUAUUUAUUAUUACUCACAAUAUUUUAGAGAACGGAACGCGACGUUAACAAAACGUUUAGUCGUAUGUGCUAUGUUACGUGUACGUAAUGUGUGCGUGCGUGUGUGUAAUUAUUUGAUAAUAAUCAUGGUAUUUAAUGUUGAUAAACGAGAUUAACGGGAUGUCUAUUACUUGGAGAAAUCUGAAGAAUUUGGAAUUCUUUGUUUUACAAAAAACUAAGAAUUUUCUGUUUUAUUUUUUUUGUUUUAUAAAACAAAUCUCAAAGAAAUUUUACAGCUCAGGAAAUUUUUGUUGUUUGAAAGUUCUUUCUUGAGAAAGACAAAUAUUUUUUGAAUUACACUUCUAAAAUAUUAUUUUAUCUGGAAAUUUUAACGAAUGCCUAGGCAAUCAAGGAAUUAUCAGAGAAGUUCUUUUCGAAAAUUGAAUAGACACUCUCCUUUUUUGGGGGGAGGGGGAGGGGGAUAAUAAUAGAACAAUUUAUAUGUUUCUCAAUUACUUAUUACUUAUGUUUUAUAGAUAGCAUGUUAUCAGCGCGCAUUUACAAAAUUAACAUUCUAUUUAAUGCUAUUGUGAAACACAUGUCUUUAAGUAGAAACAGUAAAAACUAUUUUCUAUUUAUUAGUAGGCCCCAAUUCCUCUUUGGACAAUAUCGAGAUUUAAUUUUAUCUUUAACAAAUUAUCGACAUUAUUUUAAUAUCCUUCCUUCUCCUCUUACAUAUCUUACAAAAUAAUAAAAACAAUAAUAACAAUAAUAAAUAACCGCAACAAUGAUUGCAGGUUUUAUCUUCUAAAUUGUUAAAUGAGAAUAUGAUUAACGCGUACGCAUAUGUACCAACUUUAUAUAUUUCAAACGAUGUUUGCAUAAAUUUUUUAAAUAACAAUUCUCAUAUGUAUGCAACUAUUAACUAUAUACCACGAGCCUCAAGCAAACAAUAAUAAUAUAAUUAUUACAAAAUAAUAAUAUAAAUUAUUCGUUACCAAACGCGCCAAAAUCUUUCGAACAAAUCUAAAAGUGCAAUAAGCGAUUGAGAAUAAUUGAAAAAGGUGAAUGAAUUUAACGACAGCAUUAAAUAUAUUAAUUUUGUAGUCGAAUAUAACAAAUCUCAAAUAUAAGCGCAAUCUGCUCUUACGGCAGAUAUAAUUAGAUGUCAAAUACCGACAGAUAGAUUAUGCUCAAUUAAUUGCAUUUACUAUAAUGUAGUUUAUUUUUUUCUAAUUAGUUAGACGAAUGUCUUCCAUUCUCAGUAGCAUUUAUCAAUUCUCCGAAGAGAUCUGCGCUGAUUUAUAUUUUAUCUGCGUGUUAUUUAUGCAGAAAGAUCUUUUGUCGAACGACUUUAUUUUGGACAUACAUUCGUGAGUUGUUUCGUCGCAUGAAAAAAAAACAUAGGAUUAUGAUUAGAAAGAUUAUGAAGAAAUGCUGAAAGUAUAAAUAACGCGUCUUGUGAUUUACUGAUUGUAAAUAUAGCAAAAUUGAACAAUUUGAACACAGUCGAGAGAAUUCUGUACAUAAAUUCAAGGUAAGCAUAUUUAUUAUGAAAAAGAGAGAAUCUAGCUAUUUUCUUAGACAUUUGUAGUAAAGCCUAAACUGCCUGACUAUAAAUGUAUAUCGAAUGAAAAAACACAGAUUGUAAGUAUAUAAAGAUAUGCAGAAAAACCGAUAUCGAGAGGAAUUGAAUCAGAAUCAUGCCGAAAAACGUUAAAAAAACAAUUUAAUGUAGUGAUCGUUUUAUUACUUUUGUACUUAUGAGUUACCCCCAAUGAGUUUUGCAUUUACUAGAUUGUAAGCAUGAGUUUCAAAAGGACGAUAUACAUAUGUACUGACGCGAUUUUAACUGUUAAUGUUACAUGCAUAAUAAAUAUAAUAAUUCAUCGAGAGGAAUUGAGUCGGAAUUGUGUCAAAACAUAUAGGUAUUUCAUUUUUUUAGAAUGUUUUACGUUUCAUAUAUUUUUGAGCAAUUUAUACUUUGACUGCCACACAAGCGAUCUAUUGUAUUAUAUGAUAAUUUUAUUACACACAAACACACACACACACAUAUAUAUAUAUAUAUACAAUACCUCUCAAUAUAUUAUUACAUCGCGCUUAAACCCAAUAAUUAUAUAAUAUAAUUAAAGAAAUUGUUGAUAUUGUAGAAAUUGAUACUGUGAGAAAUUUCUCGAAUAUGUAUGUAUGUACAUGAUUUUGUAUUUGUGACUGUUAUAUAAAACAGAAAAGUGAGAAAAGAAUAAUAUAACAUCGGGAAACAUAUUUUUUCUAUAACUUCUGAUCUUACACAUUUAACGAGUUUUACAAACAUGCAAUAUAUAUCAUAUUACGUAUAUAUAAAGUUACAUUUUAAGAGAUUCUGCUAUCAUACAUCUGUAUUGCAAACAUUUGUAAUCAAUACAUGUCAUUAUUUUAUUUCCUGGCGAUACUCUAUCUGUUUUUUCUUUUUCAAAUCCAUUCAUUUCUGAUUUAAUUUAAGUUAUAAAUUCGUGUGAAAAAAAUUUGACGAAUCAAGAUUCUCUGAUUCGAGUUUUCGAAUCAAAAUCGGAUAUACUUAGAUAUUUGGAAAUAUACUUAAAAAUUCUAAAUUCUACGAAGAUUUAUAUUACUUACAAAAUAAUCUUUGUACCAUACACUCUCAUUUAUUAGUUUACUUCAUUAGUUUACUUUCUCAUUUAUUUGUUUAUUUCUUUUUGAGAUUUUCGUCCAGAUGUGACGAUAUGAGGUAGUCACUACAUUCUAGGAAAGCAUGCAAGCGAGUAAGUAGUUGUCAUUGCAACACGUCCACUAGGGACUCAGGCGAUCGAUAUCACAAAGGAAAGUAUAUCUUCGACUGCAUUCGACAGCUAUCGAGCACUACUGUAAGCAAGAUAACAAGAAAUUAGGAAACUUGUGUGUCAUGAUCGCGCACAUAUAUACAACGAUUGUAUAUUACAAAUAUAUAUGAAUAAACUAGUGGCUCUGGCUGUUUUGAAAAAAGCUCUCGGCCGAAACGAGGAUAAUCCGUCAAGUACUGACAAACGGGUGUCCGGAGUAUACGAGCUUACAAGGGAUAUUUGUAUAUAAUUGACGAUGGUUGGUCUCAAAUGUUCUACAUAAAAAAAAAUUAUGUAAUAUCUAUACAUAAUUGAAGAUUACUGAAGAUCUAUAGAGAGCAAGAUCUCGACAAGCAAAACAGAAACAGCGAUAGACUAGUAUGAUACUGUAGGAAGUCGACUGUUCCGAUAGCAACUGUUCCACGGUGGAUUGCAAACCUCUAGAUCUUUGUUUUGCGCCAAGAAGCUAGAGUUGCAUCAUUACGCCUUGGGAGUAGGAACACAGGAAAUGCUAAGAGCUUAGCGUCUGAUCCCGGCGACGAGACUCUAAUUUAUAGACACUAUUUCCUCCUUACGCUAUAACAAAUAGAUAAAUAUAAAAUCGUGCUAUGAUAGAAAUAAUCUCGCAAUUGUUUUUACUAUAUGUGGGACACUAUAUACAAAUAUACAAUGUAAUUAA